CUCCCUGGCGCGGUCGACACCACAGUCCACCGCCGCACACAUGAUGCCGACCGUCGGCGGCUGGCGGCACGCUCUGCUGGUCGUGCUGUGCGCGGUGGUCGUUUCGACGGAAGACCAGGUGGCGUCGCCGGCGGCGGAGGCCGGCGCGCGACAGCUGGAGCCGGACGCGGAGGGAGUCGCCGACGGCGGCGACACGGACGCCCGCUUCCUCUUCAAGGUGAACAGGCGUCGCUACAACCGACGCUACCCCGGCAACAACUACAACGGCUACGACUACAACUACAAUGGCCACGACUACUCGUACCAGUGCCAAACCUGCGGCUAUGGCGCGGUGGACUACACGACCGCUACGCCGCUGCUGCCAGCGCGGCUACUCCAACUGCUGCUUUGAGUCCGGCGGCGGUGAAGUGAAGCCCGGCUCGUGCCCGUACAGCGUGUGGGACGCCAUCAGUUCGUCCUACUGUCGAUCCGACUGCACCAGCGACACUGACUGUUACGGCACGCAGAAAUGCUGCAGCCAGGGCUGCUCGCGCACCUGCCGGUACCCGGACACCGGAUCCGGAUCGGGUUACGAGAAGCCGGGUUCCUGUCCGUACUACGGGUCAAGAGGCGGCCGCAGCUACCCGUCCUAUCCAUACUACUCCGGCAGCGGCUCGACCAUCGGUGGCAGCUACUGCCGACGCGACUGCUACCAGGACUCCGAGUGUCCCGGCAGCCAGAAAUGCUGCGAGAUCAACUGCUCAUCCACCUGCGUCGCACCCCAGCGCUACUACUGAAGCAAGACGCGGGCUCCCGAUGCACACUUCCCCCGGCUUGAACUUUCGCGGCUGCGCAAGGUCGCCCGCAGAGCCCCUGGUCGGGCCGAAACGCCAUUACGGGGAAUGACGUAUUCCGAUGUGUUUUGCUGCUCAUGCCGCUGCGCACCAGGCGAAACUCUGUGUCUGAGAAGGAAUUCGCAGGGGUUGCAUCAAUUGCGCAAAGUUUCGAUUUGGAAGUGUAUCACAUGACGCCGCAACAAAUGAACAGCCAACAGCAUCGUGACAUGGUUGUAUUGUACUUUGUCAAUAAAUGUCAGAGCUAUCAGUUAGGCGGAAAAAUGUCCAUAAUAUGCGGCAUAUUUUAUGUUAUUUAAACUGGACAUCAAAUGUGUUACAAUAAACUAGC